AUGGCGGAACUGGACGACGCACUUAAUUUUACAGAUGACAGAUCUCUCAGUGAAGCUAUGGCCGGUACGGAGGUGUCGGAAAAGGCGCCGCUUGCUUUUUUGCAAGAAAUUUGCUCCGGGAUUUCGAUGGAUCCUGAGAGCGCCUCACAUAAUGGAUGUGAGAUCGUUUGCGAGAACUGUAAAACAGUGGUUUAUCGCGACGGUGCAAUUGUGGGUGCAUGCAGCUGUAAGCGUGGCUCGGCGACUUCUCGUUUCAGGAUUGUGCCAGUUACCUGUAGAGACGCACUUGAAUCAGUACAGAGCGCCAGCACAUUGCAGAGAGAAGAUACGGUAUCGACGUUAAGUGGCGCGACAGUGGUCAGACGAGGGACGCAACAAGCCGGCGACGGACCGUCGAAAGUAUUCGACCCACUCGAGAAUUUAUCCUUAGAAAGCGAUACUGCACAGCAAACAAGUGGAGAUCCGCAGGAGGCCACAUACCUGGAUGUUGCAGUGAUCCGUUGCCUGCUGAUCAAGCACUGGGCCGAGGAUGGUGUUUUUUGGGCACUGAAGUAUUUGCUGAAUCGUUUAUCCGAGAUAAAAAUCUAUCGGAAUUCGCAAAGCGGCAUGUUUCGCUCGCGGGCUAGUUCGGCUCCCAGUGUGCCUCAUCUAAAAAUAUUUCCCUCUGAAAUGGAAAAUCGACAAGAUCUACAAGAAAUCCAGCAUCGUGCACCAACUUGGGAGGAUCUUCAGUUAAAUGGCGUUACAAAGAAGUUCAAAAAUCAAGAUGCCGAUGGCAGACUGAAAGUUUCGUUCCCAAUUAGGCCUUCCAAAAAGUACGCUUUAUCUUCACCCAUGAAUCAACCAGUAGCGACACCCACCAGAGUUGGCGGUGGAAACAUGCGUUUUAACGCAAACUUUGAGGCAGUCAGAUCGUUAACAGUAUGAAG